CUCCUCCUCCUCCACCGCCUGACGUCACCCACGGCCCCGCUCAGUCGCGGGCGGCCGGCGGCGGCGGUGGGCAUGGCUGGGGGGCGGCGGGCGGCCGGGCUCGCCCUGGGCUGGGGCUGCUGCCUCCUGCUCUGCUGCGCUGCAGCCAGCCGGAUGGAGGUCUCCAUGCCAGCGGUGGUCGAAGUGGAGAUCGGGGACACGGCCAGGAUCGAGUGCAACUUCUACAUCCCUGAAAAUGAUUCCUACACCUACAUCAACUGGUUCUACAUCGACGGCAACAACCAGGUGAGGCUGUGCCACAUCAUAGGCAGCAAGGUCGUGGAGGAUAACACGGACUACAAGGGGCGGCUCUCGGUGGGGGAGGACAAGGCCCUCUCCAUCAGCAAGGUGACGGUGCAGGAUGCCAGGACCUUCGUGUGCCAGGUCGAGGCGGGCAGCCACGGUGCGGGCGAGAACCGCUCUGAGCUCCGCGUCUACAAGGUCCCCGAGACCCCUGAGAUUGUGGCCAACUCGGGAGGCAUCUCAGUGCACAGCACUGACAUCCCGCAGAUUGCCCAGUGUGUGAGCAGGAACAGCUUCCCGUUCUCCAACAUCACAUGGUACAAGAAUGGGAAGCAGCUGCAGCAGCAGGAGAAGAUGGUGAAGAUCAUGGACACGCUGACCCGCGAGUCGAGCGGGCUGUACACGGUGAGCAGCACCCUCUUUGCCCGCGUCACCCGAGAGGAUCGCAACUCCCUCUACCACUGCACCGUGCACUACUGGCUGCGGGGACACAGGCGCACCAUGGAGUCACGGCCAGUCAAUGUCACAGUCUUCUACCCUGCGCAGCACGUGAAGCUGCAGGUCAUGCCGUCCUCAAUGCUGGUGAAAGAAGGGGAUAACGUGAAGCUGGUCUGCGAGGCUGACGGGAACCCAGCACCCGUCUUCAGCUUCUAUAAGAGAGAUCUGGGAGACUGGCAGGAUGUGUCAUCACUGGCAGAUGCCAACAGUGGGGUGCUAUACCUGCGUGACGUGACUAAGAACAGCAGUGGCCUGUACAGGUGCCAGACCCUGGACUUGGAUGAUAUGGGACAGCUUGAGCAGGAUGUGGAGCUUGUUGUGAACUACAUUGAAGAGGUCCGUGUGAAGAUGGAGCCAUCCUCACCCCUUAAGGAAGGGGAUAGUGUGAGGCUGAGCUGUGAUGCCAACAGCCCUGUGGCCCUGGACUACCAGUGGAGGGAUGACAAGGGCAAGAAGGUUGCAGAAGGGAACCAGCUCUUCCUGAGCAACCUCACCUUCGAAACCUCCAGAAACUUCAGCUGCAAGGUGAUUGCACCGAGCGUGCCAGGGCUGGAGCAGAGCAAGCAGGUGGCCGUGGCCGUUCAGGGGAAGCCGCGGAUUGUCGCCAUCAGCUCCCCGCUGUACGUGCGGCAGGACGAGGUGGUGAACCUGACCUGCAAGGCCAUUGCUUUCCCCAAGCCUUCUGUCCACUGGAACGUCAAUGGGACGGCUCAUGAGUACAUUGAAAACCAGCACAUCGCCAGCAACCUGACGGUGCGUGUGAACCAUGACCUGCUGCGGGCAGGAGCCAUGUGCAGGGUCUCCAACGCGCUGGGUGUCAGCGAGAAGCACAUCCAGCUGCUGGUGGAAUCCAUCAGAAAAGAUCAAAAGACACCAGAGAGCAAAGGGGUGAUCAUUGUGGCCAUCAUCGUCUGCAUCCUCGUGGUGGCUGUGCUGGGGUCUGUCAUCUACUUCCUGCACAAGAAAGGCAAGAUCCCAUGUGGCCGCGCUGGGAAACAGGACAUCACAAAGCCAGAGGCACGUAAAGACAAGAUUGUAGUUGAAGUUAAGUCAGAUAAACUUUCCGAAGAGGCGGGGCUCCUGCAGGGUGCCAACGGCGAGAAGAGACCUGCCGCUGACCAGAGCGAGAAAUACAUCGAUCUGAGAAACUAGAGAGGGAAUCUACUAAGUGCUUUCUUCCUUCAAACCUUUCCUGCUCUUGGAUUGCCUUGUCCCACCCCUGCUCCAGCACCUGGGGAGCACGGCCAGAGACAAUUACUGCGUCGCAGUGCUGAGCCCCAGCGCGCAGGGGACGCCUCUGACUCACCUGUCCGUUACCUCAGCCGUGGGCUUGCAGGUUGUCAACUUAGCAGCAGCAAAGCUGGACUUGCUUACUACUACUACUACUACUACAGGGAAGCCAACAGCAAUAUUAGAAAGAAAUACCCCAUUAAGCUACCCGGUGGAAGGAUUGGAGGCUUUUUCAGGAAAUCUGUCCUGUACGUAUGUGUGGGAAGGUUUUGAUGCGUUUUACCCCAAACUUGCUCAGAAAAGCUGGUGAAAUUGUUGUUUUUCUUUUGGGAUGUCCCAGGCAUCUUAGCUGUAGCGGUGCGCAGGUUAGAUGAGCGAAGGGUGGAAGUGAUGCGUUAGAGCGGCGGUUGGCAGCCGCUGGGGAGGGGGUAGUGCUUUGCUUUGCCUUGAAACUGGUGUCGUUGGCUCAGCCCAGCGUGUCCUGGCGGUGCUGUGCAGGCAGGGAGCUCCGUACCGGUAGCUGUGAUCCUGCAGGAGGUGAGUACCUGGCAGAGGGGACAGGGGUGCCCAUCGCCCAGGCACACGCCGGACCAAGGGCUUGGCUUCCCUGGCUUCUAGCGGAGCCGUGCCGAAGUGCCGGGGAGGGCUUCCCUCCCCCCGCUCCCCAGGGAAUUGGAUCGCUUUUGGGGGGGCUGCACAGCUGCUGGCAACAGCGGGUGCCAGAGCCCUCCCCCCCAAAUUUAAAAGUAAGGAAUAUUAGGCUAGGGCCAGUCAGCGAUGUCUCAGGGUUUUUUAUUUCUGUGCUGAACAAUUACCACCCCCAGGAGAAACUGGUUUAUUUCUGUGCUUCGGUGGCACCUCUGGCCCCGCAGCGGAGCCGUGGGGAGGGCGGACGGGCGAGCAGCUUGCCCUGGCCUGCCCCAGCCCUGCGCCCCCACGGCUCCGUCCCCUGCCCCCUCCUAGAGACAUCAGCCCCCUGCAGCCCCUCCUGCCUCUAAGUCACUUAGUGCUCUGGUGUCCACAAGCCCCUCCGGCCCCUGCCGGCUCCCGUUCACGCGGCGGCCAGCGUCCCACAAGCCGUGAGCUGUACUCGUGAGCUGCAAGUGUUGUCGAAGCAGAAGCAAAAGCUUUGGUUUAUAUAUAUAUAUAUAUUUUUGUUGGAUUGUGUGUACAUUUCCAGAAGUUUUUGUCUGAUAACUUGCAAGGGUUUUUUUUAUAUAUGUGAAAAUAAAGUACAAAGUUCAAAGCCGG